AUGGGCACGCAAGAUGGAUUGAAGGAAGCCGAUAAAAUCGAUGCCCUGCCUGGGCAACCUGAACAAGGAGUGAGUUUUAACCAGUACUCAGGUUAUGUGGCAGUUGAUGCUGGACAUGGAAGAGCACUUUUUUACUAUUUUGCUGAGUCUCCUCAAAAUUCUUCAACAAAUCCUCUAGUUUUGUGGCUUAAUGGAGGACCUGGAUGUUCUUCAUUUGGUAAUGGUGCAAUGAUGGAACUUGGACCAUUUCGAGUCGAUAGUGAUGGAGAAACUCUCUCGCUAAAUGAAUAUGCAUGGAACAAUGCGGCAAAUGUUAUCUUCCUCGAAUCCCCAGCUGGUGUUGGAUUUUCAUAUUCGAGUACAACAUCAGAUUACAACUUGAGUGGAGACUCCAGAACAGCUGAAGAUUCAUACACAUUUUUGGUUAACUGGUUAGAGAGGUUUCCAGAAUACAAGACUAGAGAUUUCUAUCUAGCAGGAGAGAGUUACGCUGGACAUUACGUACCUCAGCUUGCUCAACUCAUCCUUCAAAAUAACAAGAUUACCAACCAAACUGUCAUUAAUCUCCAAGGAAUAGCCGUGAGUAUUUAUAACAUGAAAUUACUCGAAAAAAAUUGUUAA